AAGUCUUAACUUCGUGCUAACAGAAAUAGGCAUACAAAUGCGAAACCGAUAAACUAAACUUAUAUUCUUAUAAAUGUAAACAUUAAUUUAGUUAUGUCAAAACAUAUUAAAUCUGAAACUCUUUCACGUGGUGGACGACUUGCACGCCGAGCAAGGUCUUUUAAAGAAGACUUUUUGGGUAGAAUUAAUCAAAUCAGAAGUCCUUCUGUUGCUGCUUCACCAUGUAAAAAAAAUAAAACCAAAACUGUUCCGGAAGUCCAAGAUGAACCAAAAAAGGAUAUAAAUACCAUUUUACAUUCUGUGCAUCUACUUUCUACUGAUCUAAGAUACUUUCAAGAUGUGGUGGAAAAGAAUAUCCUUGAAAUGCUUCCAGGAUCAGCGACAGUUAUUUUAGAAACUGUUUUUAAUAUCAAUUCCAUUUUGAAAGAAUCUUUAUUAAAUGAACAAAGCUCUUUGAUGUUAUCUGCAUCCAAUCAGGUAUACCAAACUCUUUCAAAUCUCAUUCGAUGGGCUGAUAAUGUAUUGCUGUAUGGUGAAAAAGCUGCUGAAAAGGAAAAUGUCUGCGAAAUAGUUCAAGCUGUAAAAGAUGCAGUAAAAAGUUUAGUUCAGCUUUCUUUGGAUCGCUUGCAACAAAAAGAAUUGCAAAACCCCUGUGAUGAACAAACUUUAUCCUCUGCUAAACCUGAAAGCCCAUAUAGAAAUUCAUUACCUGAUAUUCCAUUAACACCCAGAGAAUUAGAGAUACUUGAACAAACUAAAACUGUUGAUUUUCCUGUUUUGACUCAAUUGCAUCAUUCUACCUCAUCAGAUAGUAUAUUGAGUUUAAGAAAUUCUUCAAAACAUAUUGAUACAAAACCACCUCCUAAGCCUCCACUUCCUUCAUUUAUAGAAAGGACUUCUAUAAAAAGUAAUCCUGAUUGCACUAGUUGUGAAUCUGCCCCACCUCUACCUCCAAAGAAAAAGCUGAACACAAAUAAUCUAGAAUUAACAAAACCAGACACUGAACAAUUGACUGGUAGUUUUGGCUCUAUAAACACUGAUUUCAAUUCAUUAUGUACUAUUGAUUGGCCCUUUAGUCAGUCUCCAGAUAACUUAACUCCUAUUAGUAAAUCAUCAGCAUCAAGCUUGGACUCUAAUUUAAAUUUAAAUUAUUCGAUUGAUGAUUUAUCUUAUUCUAAGCAUAAAUAUACAAAGUGUUCUGAAACUCAUCAACAACAAUGUAUGUCUAGUUUAACAUCUCAAACUUAUAAUGCUGAACUUUCAUCAUUUGCUUCAUCAAUGACGACUGCAACUACUUCCGUAUCCUUGCAUUCAAAUGAUAUUUCUGGUAGUUCUCAUGAAAUUGUGAACUCAGUCAAUGAAUUCAGUGUUUCUACUAGUAGAAUAAGUUAUCAAACUUCUUCAACUACAGAGACUGAUCCUCCAGCUUUACCAAUUAAGCUACGUAAAUUACGGAAUCUUUCACAGUAUGACAAUAUGCCGCAAGUUUUUGUCUCGGAUAUUGAUAAAGAACCAGAUGGUUUCAAUCCACAGUGCUCAUUAAUCUGUAACCACCCUCAUACCUGGUCUGAAGGCAAUCAUAUGUCUUUAUGUCCUCAUCAUAAUUUUGGUUCCAAAGACAGAGAAAAUGGAAAGCCACCCCCUCUUCCUCCCAAGGAAAAAACAAUUCGAGCAUACAUGCAGAUGUUUGGUAGCUAUUCUCAACCUUCUGAGUCUGAAUUUUUACGUCAUUCAGUUCAUACUCUUAAAGUUGUUCAAACAAAUUGGCAACAAAUUGAACUUUCGUUAAUGCAACAAGCAUCAUUUAGUAGCAAUUUUAUUUCAAGUAAUGAAGAGUCUUCACUUUUUGAAUCUUUUAAUUCUUCUUCAAGCAUAAGUUGUGAAAAAGAUGCCUUGUCAAAUCAUAAUCCUCCAUCUAUCCCUCCUAAGAAAAACAAGGGUACUCUCAGACAUAGUAACCAUUCCAAACAUGAUGAAUAUGUGACCCCUUUCCCUGGAUCUUUCUCAGAUAAUCAAAAUAGUGAUAAUAUUUCACCUUCAAGCUAUGAUACAUCUAGUUAUGGAAAAUCUCUCUUGAGUCCUGUUGAAAAUGAAUCUUCUUCUGAUAUUCAAGGUGCAUUAGAUGAAUUGGAUCCGUCUGAAUAUUUGAUUUGGAAAAGAAAUGGUGAAGAAGGUCCAGAUCUGAGAGGAGGAUCAGUUGAUUCUUUGAUUGUUCAAGCUACAAGGGUCUCUAAAAAUGAUUUCCUUUAUCAAGAGGCUUUUUUAACCACAUAUCGCACUUUCAUCUCUCCUCAUGAUCUUAUUUGCAAGUUACUCUACAGAUAUAAUAAGUUUAUACAUGUGUCUGAUAUGCGACAAAGAGCAGCAAGAAAUUCAUUUGCAUUACUUGUUAGGGUUGUUGAUGACUUAUGUCUUACAGAUAUACAUGAGAAUGUUUUAAAGUUACUCAUGGAUUUCAUCUGUCAGCUUGUAUGCAGAGGUGAUCUUCUGCUUGCCAGAGCUUUAAGGAAAAAAGUUGUUGAGAAAUGCUAUUUAAAACAAAGAAGUUUAUUGAAUGCUCCGAUUCUCUUACCUUCAAUGGCUAUUUCUACUCAUAAGGCAUUAUUGUUAGACUUCAAAUCAGAAAAUUUAGCUGAGCAGAUGACUGUUUUAGACUCUGACCUUUUUCAAAAAAUUGAAAUACCAGAAGUGUUGCUUUGGGCAAGGGAGCAAAAGGAAGAUCUUAGUCCUAAUCUCACAACUUUUACUGAGCACUUCAACAAAAUGUCUUACUGGGCUCGAUCUCGAAUUCUAGAACAAGAAGAUGCAAAAGAUCGAGAAAGAUAUGUGGUGAAGUUUAUAAAAGUCAUGAAAUGCUUGAGGAAGCUUAACAACUUUAAUUCCUAUUUAGCUAUAUUAUCUGCUUUAGAUUCUGCACCUAUAAGACGUUUAGAAUGGCAAAGAAAUAUAACAGAGGGUCUAAAGGAGUAUUGUGCAUUGAUAGAUAGUUCCUCCUCUUUCCGGGCUUAUAGGCAAGCAUUAGCUGAAACUAGUCCCCCUUGCAUUCCGUAUAUAGGAUUAAUUUUACAAGACUUAACAUUUGUUCAUAUUGGCAACAGUGACAUGCUUACAGAAGAAGCAGUAAAUUUUUCAAAACGAUGGCAGCAGUUUAAUAUACUUGAUAAUAUGAGGAGAUUCAAAAAUAGCCAAUAUCCUGUCAAAAGGAAUGAACAAAUCAUAUCAUUUUUCAACAAUUUUGAUGAUUAUUUAUGUGAAGAAGCUAUGUGGCAAAUUUCUGAGACUAUUAAGCCAAGAGGUAGAAAGAAAAAAAGUUGUGACCCAGCUUGAAAUCUUUUUGGCAGCUUUGUUACAAGAUAAAGUGCCUGAAAAUAUUUAUCACACCAGUCAUUUUUCACUAAGCUGUAUAUUGUUUUAAUUUCAUUUGUACAGUUACUUAGAUCUUUCAUUGUAUUAUGAUCAUAGUUUUGUAUAUUGGCAGCUAAAACUAUAUUGUUUUAUGAAACAAUUUUGCGAUAUUUUAUUUUUAGAAUUUAUUUUUGUUUUACAUUAACCCCCUGCCUAUCUAGCUUAUAGACAGUGAUGGGAUUCAAAUAACUCAAGAACUGAUGCAUUCAAAAUUUUGAAUAUGUAUUAUAUCUUAAAAUACAUAAGGAUAUAAGCCAAGUAAAUAUCUACAUAGAGUUAAAAUGGAAAUGUAUGAAUAAUUAAGAUAUUAUAAAAUUUUCACCCUAGGAAAAAAGUUUCAAUUUUAUUUUGCAAUCCUUAUUCUUUGUUCUUAAAAAUUAGACAGCAUGAAUAUCUUUUAGCAAAUAAAAGAAUUUUUAUUUUGUUUAAUAAGAGAUAGAUAAAAUUAUUAUAUUUAUUAUAAUUCCAAUUGAAAAGCUUUUUGUUGUAGUCAUUAAUUUUUGAUUAACCUAAUUAUUAAUAAUUAAAAAAACUUGUUUAAUUUCAACUGAUAGUAACUGUAUUUUCAGAUUGAAUAAAUUAACUCUUUAGGCAUUUUAAUGGCUUUUAUUUACUUUUUGUUCCGCAGAAUUUUUUUGGAAGAUUUUGUUUAAAUUGUAAGACAUCGGACCUCCCAAGGGUAUUAUUGUUUUUCUUUCUCUCUCUUUUUACUUGAAUACUUAUUUAAGAGGUUCCCACAAUUGACCUAGCCCACAAAAAUCUGAGGCAAGAUUAAGGAAUUAAAUUUGAAAAAUAACACAUUACAUUUUUACUGAUAAAAUGACUUUAUAUCCUACAUGGAAAACUUACUACAACUUUUUAAAUAUGUUUCAUUGAACCCAGAAUGUAAAAUCCAUGUAUACUAGCAUCUUUCUAAAUGCAAGGGAAAGAUUUAAAAACAUUUAUCACAAAUUUCUUGUCACAAAAUAGAAGCUUAAUUUUUGAUUUUGCAGCUUUAAGCCUAUGAUUUUUUUUAAAAUAAUUUGUAUGUUUUAAAGCACCAUUUUUUUAAAUUUGAGAAAUUUUGAAUGUUAAGAAGUGACUGAUUCCCAUCAUUGUAUAUAUUUUUUUGAUCUGCAUAGCCAUUCAAAUAGGUUUUUUGGUGUGUAGAAAAAUUAUGUGCAGAUAAGAAACCCGUUUGUUAUAAUGCCAGAGAGUUAAUAUGCUUAUAAAUAUACAAGAAUCACAAAUUUCUGUUUUAUUUAAUAAAUAAAUUUUUUUCUGCAUUUAUUUUUACUACUUUAUUCCUUAUACUAUUUUGCUCUGUUCAUAAAAAUAUAGUGUCUUUUUAAACAAUAUCACGAAAUUAUUCCUUUUAAAUAGUAGUGCAGAUAGAGUACAGAUUCGCUUUGUUAUACCAUAAUUUUUUUUCUGAAACAAAAUAAAAUGUUCUGAACUAUAUCUUUUACAAUUGCAUGAAUUUGUAAGGUUCUUUAUCUGUUAACAAUUAAAGAAACUUUGAUGUUUGUAUGUAUCUCAAAAUAUUAUGUCUAAUCUUGUCUUGCCCAAAUAUAUGCUCUAUCACCAUGUAAUAUUAAAUAUCUGACAUUAAAAAGACUGCAGAUCGCA